CUCUAAACACUCGGUUCCCAUCACUUAUAAAAGGGAAGAGGACUCACAAUGUCUCUAAACACUCUGUUCCUAUCACUUAUCAAAGAGAAGAGGACUUGCAAUGUCUCUAAACACUCAGUUCCCAUAAUUUAUCAAAGGGAAAAGGACUCCAAACGUCUCUAAACACUCGGUUCCCAUCACUUAUCAAAGGGAAAAGGACUCGAAACGUCUCAAAACACUCGGUUCCCAUCACUUAUAAAAGGGAAAAGGACUCCAAACGUCUCUAAACACUUGGUUCCCAUCACUUAUCAAAGGUGGUCCUUGAACGCACCAUGACUCCGAUUCCACUUGUUCAUCCAUCAUCUUACAUUAUCAUUCAUUAGUGGACGCGCGCACGCUGUGGGAGAGGCCGUGCGCGGUCGUGCGAGAGCGCUGCAGUCUUUACGUCAAGCAGGAGUGAGGGAGGAGGAGGAGGACACGUAACGGUCCGCAAAGAGUGAGGCAGUCUGCGGGGUAGCAGCACCACCAUUCUCACUAGACUCUCCGUGCACUUUUAAGAGGCCUCGAACUUUAUUGAUUUGUGUGGUACACACAAGACCAAAUACAGACAUGGUGUUCAGAGGCACAAUAGCGGAUGCUGCCGGUUUUGAUCCCAACGCGGAUGCUGAGGCGCUGUACAACGCGAUGAAGGGCAUGGGUAGUGAUAAAGAAGCCAUUUUGGAUCUGGUCAGUUCUCGCAGUAACGCUCAGCGGCAGGAAGUCAUUGCAGCAUACAAGUGUACCUUUGGGAAGGAUCUCAUUGAGGACCUGAAAUAUGAGCUGACGGGUAAAUUUGAGCGUCUCAUUGUGAGUCUGAUGAGAACGCCAGCAUACCACGAUGCCAAAGAAAUUAAAGAUGCACUCAAAGGAGCUGGAACCAACGAGAGGUGCUUGAUUGAAGUCGUGGCUUCAAGAAACAACCAACAAAUCCAUGCCAUGGUUCAAGCAUACAAGGACGCCUAUGGUAGAAACAUGGAGGACGAUGUGAUCGCUGACACUUCUGGUCACUUUAAGAAGAUGCUGGUUGUUUUACUUCAGGGGACCAGAGAUGAGUCGGGGGUCGUGAACGCAGAUCUGGUGGAGCAAGAUGCACAAGACCUUUAUGCUGCCGGGGAAGAGAAGUGGGGAACAGACGAGGCCAAAUUCAUCAUGAUUCUGGGGAACCGCAGCGUGACCCACCUCCGCAUGGUUUUCGAUGCAUACGAGAAGAUUACAGAGACGUCCAUCGAGGACAGCAUAAAGAGCGAGCUGUCUGGAGACUUUGAGAGGCUGAUGCUUGCUGUUGUCCAGUGCAUACGCAGUGUUCCCAUGUUCUUUGCCAGGCGCCUGUACAAGUCCAUGAAGGGUCUCGGUACAGCUGACAACACCUUGAUCAGGAUCAUGAUUGCUCGCUCUGAAAUAGACAUGUUGGAUAUCCGCGAGUGUUUCAGGCUCAGAUAUGAGAAGUCACUUUACAACAUGAUUAAGGAUGACACAUCCGGUGAUUACAAGAGGACUCUGCUGAAUCUGUGUGGGGGAGAUGAUGACCUCGCCGGAGAGUUUUUCCCUGAAGCUGCUCAGAUAGCCUACAAGAUGUGGGAAAUAAGCGCCAUGACCAAAGUCCAGCUGAGGCCAACAGUUGUCCCCGCAGCCAACUUUGACCCUGCCGCUGAUGCACAAGCGCUAAGAAAAGCCAUGAAGGGAUUCGGAACUGACGAAGAUGCAAUUAUUGACAUAGUUGCACAUCGAAGCAAUGCACAGAGACAAGUGAUCAGACAGACCUUCAAAUCACUACUGGGACGGGAUCUGAUGAAAGACUUGAAGUCCGAACUGUCCAAGAACUUGGAGAGGCUCAUUAUUGGGCUCAUGUUGACCCCCGCUGAGUUUGAUGCCAAAAUGAUGAGGAAGGCCAUGGAGGGCGCUGGCACCGAUGAACACGCUCUAAUUGAGAUCCUGGUCACUAGGAGCAACGAGGAAAUCCAAGCCAUGAAUGCCGCCUUUCAGGAAGCCUACAAAAAGUCUUUAGAGGACGCAAUUCAAUCGGACACAUCAGGCCACUUCUGCCGCAUCUUGGUUUCACUUGUGCAGGGUGCAAGGGAAGAUGGCCCUGCCGAUUUGGAAAGAGCCAAUUCAGAUGCUCAGGAACUUGCUGACGCAUGCAAUGCUGACUCUGAUGACAGGGUGAUGAAGUUCAUGAGUAUUCUGUGCACCAGAAGCUUCCCUCAUCUUCGGAAAGUUUUCCAGGAGUUUGUCCGAUGUUCCAAUAAGGAUAUCGAACAAAUCAUCAAGAAGGAAAUGUCAGGAGAUGUGAAAAACGUCUUCUAUGCUUUAGUUCGCAGCGUGAAGAACCAGCCUUCUUAUUUUGCAGACCGUUUGUACAAAGCAAUGAAGGGUCUCGGCACAGACGACAGAGCGUUGAUCCGCAUCAUGGUGUCCCGUAGCGAAAUCGACCUUUUCAACGUUCGUAAAGAGUUUAAAGAAACGCAGGACGCCUCCCUCCAUGAAUUCAUCCAGGUAGAGACAAUGAUCGGUGACACUUCAGGAGAUUACCGUAAAACCCUUCUGGUGCUCUGUGGAGGGGAGGAUUAACGUUGGCACAUCUUCACAUCUCCGCAGUGGUGAGACCCGCCAUCGACAGGCGCCGUCACUGCGUCAAACUGUCACGGGUCAAUAUUUUAUUGGCAGCACCCUGAAGUGCCAAAGUUACGUUCCACGUCUUUCAUGCCACUUUUAUCAGGACAUUUCUUUCUUUUUUUUUUUUUUUUCUUGACAGACUAUCACAUAUACUGUCUAUGCAGCCAUCACUGUGAUGAUACAUAACUCAAUAAAAUCAGGAUAAACGACAUAUGUACAAGUAAAGCUCACUUCCUCCAGCAUGUUUUCUACUAUUUGUCACAGUGUGUGGGAAAACGUGAAGCCCUCGGAUUUGCAUGUUAGCUGCUAGCUCAAUGAUUUAUUGUGUUGGACUGAGCAGAACGGGAUCUAUUUGACAUCAGGAAAUUCCCUGUAAGUCAAUGCUUCUUUAUUAUGUGUUUGGCAAAAGGGCCGUACAUUCGUGAUUCAACAUUCAUUCAUGCAAGAAUAGAACAUUUUUUUCUGUAUAAAACACAUUUCAUUCACUCUAUAUUGGUAAUCAUUUUAAAAAUAUGUGAUAAUACAGGUCAAGUGUCCAGCAUACAUGUGGAAAUGUGGGAACUGAUAAAAGAAGGUGAGGAUCUAAUAAUUACAACAGUGACAGAACUUCAUAAUCAAGCUU